AUGGCUGCCUCAGCUCCCUCUCACUCCAUCCCGCCAGCCGAUUCGUACCAGCUGCUGCCCGAGGCGCAAAAGGCCGGCGCGGCUGAGGAUGCCCUCUACGAGGCCCAGGUCAAGGAGAUCGAGGAGUGGUGGGCGUCACCUCGAUUUGCCGGCAUUCGACGGCCGUACAGCGCCGCGGACGUCGCCUCGAAGCGCGGCAGCCAGUACAUCAAGUAUCCCAGCUCCGUCAUGGCCACCAAGCUGUUCAACCUGAUCCGCGAGCGCGAGGCCAAGGGCGAGCCCAUCCACACAAUGGGCGCCAUCGAUCCCGUCCAGAUGACCCAGCAGGCUCCUCACCAAGAGGUCCUCUACAUCUCCGGAUGGGCCUGCUCGUCGGUCCUCACCAGCACCAACGAAGUGUCUCCCGACUUUGGCGACUACCCCUACAACACCGUCCCCAACCAGGUCCAGCGCCUUGCCAAGGCCCAGUCCAUGCACGACCGCAAGCAGUGGGACACGCGCCGCAAGAUGACCCCCGAGGAGCGCUCCAAGACGCCCUACACUGACUACCUCCGACCCAUCAUCGCCGACGGUGACACUGGCCACGGCGGCCUCUCGGCUGUGCUCAAGCUGGCCAAGCUGUUUGCGGAGAAUGGCGCCGCGGCAGUCCACUUCGAGGACCAGCUUCACGGCGGCAAGAAGUGCGGCCACCUGGCCGGCAAGGUCCUGGUGCCUACGGGCGAGCAUAUCAACCGUCUCAACGCCGCUCGUUUCCAGUGGGACGUCAUGGGCUCUGAGAACCUGGUGAUUGCCCGUACCGACUCCGAGUCUGGCCGACUCAUCUCGUCCGCCAUCGACGUCCGCGACCACGAGUUCAUCCUAGGAGUUGCAGACCCCUCCAUCGAGCCCCUCGCCGAGACGCUUCAGGACAUGGAAGCCAGGGGCGCCACCGGUGCGGAAAUCGAUGUCUUCGAGGCUAAAUGGGUCAAGAGCAGCACCUUGGUCACUUUUGAUGAGGCUGCCGUCGCACACAUGAAGAAGGAGGGCGUCUCCCAGGCCAAGAUUGACGAGUAUCUCUCCGCCACAGCCUUGGACCGCGACAUGGGCAUCGCUCGCCGCCGUGCCCUCGCCUCCCAGUUUACCGAGACCCCCGUCUACUUCAACUGGGACGUCCCCCGUACUCGUGAAGGCUACUACCACUUCAAGGCUGGCAUGGAGGCCGCCACCAAGCGCGCCCUGGCAUUCGCCCCGUACGCUGAUCUCCUCUGGGUUGAGACUGGCGACCCCAACGUCGAGGUUGCCGCCAAGCUGGGCCGCACCGUCCGCGCUGCCAACCCCGGCAAGUCCCUCGUCUACAACCUCUCUCCCUCAUUCAACUGGAUGGCCCACGGCUUCUCCGAGGAGGGCCUCAAGUCGUUCAUCUGGGACAUCGCCAAGGAGGGCUUCACCCUGCAGCUCAUCUCACUGGCAGGCUUGCACUCCACCGCCACCAUCACCAACGAGCUUGCCAAGAAGUUCAAGACGGACGGCAUGAAGGCAUAUGUCGAGGUUGUGCAGAGGCGAGAGAAAGAGCUGGGCUGUGAUGUCCUGACGCACCAGAAGUGGAGUGGCGCGAGCUACAUUGAUGGCAUUUUGGGAGCCAUCCAGAGUGGCAGCUCGAGCAGCAAGAGCAUGGGAGAAGGCAACACUGAAGGCCAGUUUGACUAA